UGCUGCAGUUUGAAGUAGUGAGGGCUCGAGCAGCUGAAGGAAUGUUUGAUUGAACUCGUUUUUAAAGAUUUCUGAGUGAUUUUAAAGGAUCGUGGUGACGUCACAGUGUGGAACUGAUCCGUGUUAACUGGAGCCCAGUCGGGCUGCAGGAAGUCGGGCUGCAGGAAGUCGGGCUGCAGGAAGUCGGGCUGCAGGAAGUCGGGCUGCAGGAAGUCGGGCUGCAGGAAGUCGGGCUGCAGGAAGUCUGGCUGCAGGAAGUCGGGCUGCAGGAAGUCGGGCUGCAGGAAGUCGGGCUGCAGGAAGUCGGGCUGCAGGAAGUCGGGCUGUAGGAAGUCGGGCUGCAGGAAGUCGGGCUGCAGGAAGUCGGGCUGCAGGAAGUCGGGCUGCAGGAAGUCGGGCUGCAGGAAGUCGGCUGCAGGAAGUCGGGCUGCAGGAAGCUGCUGCUGAUGGCGAAGGUGUUUCGCAGUCCGGGCCGUCAUGGCUACGCCGUGGAAGUGUCUCCCUUCAUCCAGAACAGGGUGGCCUGUGCUGCCUCGCAGUACUACGGCAUCGCUGGUUGUGGCACUCUGCUGGUCCUGGAUGAGACGGAAACAGGAGUCGCUUUAGUGAGGAGCUGGGAGUGGAGUGACGGUGUCUUCGAUGUGGCGUGGAGUGAAGUAAAUGAACACGUCAUGGUUGCCGGUGGCGGGGAUGGCAGCCUGCAGCUUUGGGACACAACCAAUCACGACGCUCCGCUGAGAGUGGCCAAAGAACACACACAGGAAGUGUACGCUGUGGACUGGAGUCAAACAAGAGGAGAGAACCUCAUCGUCUCCGGCUCGUGGGAUCAAACCGCCAAAGUGUGGGACCCCGCUCUGAGCCAAUCCCUGUCCACUCUGAGGGGUCACGAAGGGGUCAUCUACAGCACCAUUUGGUCGCCUCACAUCCCAGGGUGCUUUGCUUCAGCCUCAGGUGACGGGACACUCAGAGUUUGGGACGUCAAAGCAGCUGCGUGUCGAUUGGCCAUCCCGGCUCACAAAGCGGAGAUCCUGAGCUGUGAUUGGUGCAAAUAUGACCAGAAUAUCGUGGCCACAGGCUCCGUGGAUUGCAGUGUGUGUGUGUGGGACCUGAGGAACCCCCGCCAGCCCGUCAAUCAACUGCAAGGCCACACCUACGCCAUCCGCAGGGUCAAGGUUCAAAGACACAUCUAUCAACAAAGAAUCAAACAAGAGACAUCAGUUAGCAUGUACGGUCCAUCACGGGGCACACUGCCCUCCUUCAUUUGA